UUUUUGUGCGUGUUUAAGCGGCGCUGCGCAUUCUUCUCCUGAAGAAGCCGCGUUCGGGCUGAGAAAACGGCGAGACCACCAGCACCUCAGAGCGAGAUGUCUGGGCCCGCUGCCCGCCCACCACGGAUAUGGCGCUGCCCGCUUCAGCACCCCAAUAACCACGUGAGACGCAGUGAAGCCGCUGUCGCCAUCUUGGGUGAGGGCAAUGAGGCCUCCGCCGCCAACUUGAGCGCGGGUGCGGGACCCGCCGACCGGGGCCGGUGCGGGAGACCCGGCGGGGAGGCCGCGGGCGGCGGGGCGGCCCGGGCCCGAGUGAAGGAUGCCGAGGAGGAAGAAGCCUGCAGAGGGCCUGGAAUCUCAAGGUCAGGAUGGGGAGGAAGAGGAGGAGGAGAAGAGGAACCCAGCCAAUGCCAAGAAGAAGCGCACUUUUGUGGAUGCAUUUAUUGUUAUAUCGGACAGCGAUGGAGAGCAGGAGUCAAAGGAAGAGAGUGGAUUGCAAAAGAAGAGAACAAAGCAGCUGGAUCGAACCAAGUUUGCUGCUAAAAGAAAAAUUGCACAGAUGACUGAAGAGGAACAAUUUGCACUGGCCCUGCAAAUGAGUGAGCAAGAGGCUAGAGAAGUGAACUGUCAGGAAGAGGAAGAGGAGGAGCUCUUGAGGAAGGCCAUUGCUGAGAGCCUUAGUAGUUGUCAGCCCUCAGACUCAUUGUCUGCAACUCCUCAGCUGUCAGUAGAAGAACUGGAUUCACAGGGCCAAAGCCAGCCUGCUGAGAACGAAGGCUCUGAGGUCCUGGGAGGCCUGGCAUGCUGCCCUGACACCCCUCCCUCUGACUGCAGCUCCCACUCACAGAGCUCCAGAGCUGAUGGGAAUGGACAGAUGGAUGUCGCCCGGAGCCCCUUGGUAGUGUUGAGGAGGUUAAGCCAGAAAAUCGUUGAAAACUCACUAGUAUCCAGCAUAAUCGUGUCUCCAGGGAAGGGCCAGCCUGUGACAAGGUCAAGUGAAAAGUCUUCCUCACCAGCAAAAAGUGAUUCGAGUAACAUGUUACCCAGCACUCUCGGAGAGGACUUCAUGUCUUUGAGUCCCACCUUUGGCAAGGUGGCUUCAGGAGGCUCCUGGCGACUGACACCUCGGAGACUGUUCAACAGCCCCUCCAGCUCUUCUGAGGCAGCAGGCCACACACCAAAAGAGCAACUCCUGCCCUGCACUGGUGAUUCUGUUGGAGAAGCUGGUGCUGGGAGCUCAGCCGCACUCUGGAAGAGCAGGAGCACAGAACAGUGUGACAGCCCCAGGAGGAGUGGUGGAGGAGCAGGUACCAAACACAGCUCACAGCCUGGGCACACUGCCAAGGUCUGUGUUUCCACAGAGCAAGCAGAGCAGAAUGAGGGGUCUGGCAGUACCCCGGAUCUUUGCAUGCCGACUGCGGUGGAGGAGAAGCACAAACAGGAGGAGGCAAGAGACACAGUGCACUAUUAUUGGGGCAUCCCCUUCUGCCCCAAAGGGGUGGACCCCAACCAGUACACCAAAGUCAUCUUGUGUCAGCUGGAGGUUUACCAGAAGAGCCUGAAGCAGGCUCAGAGGCAGCUAUUGCAUAAGAAGGAGUUUGGUAACCCGGUUGUGCCCAGUUCUUCCUUGAGCCAAAAUGAGCUUGGGAAAGGAGAAGAGAUAAGCAGGGAGAAUGGGGUAGCUGAUGGUACAGAAGAUGGAGACACAGAGGGGCAGGAGUCUGAAAACAUCACCUGGCUCCACCCUUCAAAGAGGAAGGAGGCAGAGAGUCCAGGGCACAGCAUGGAAGAAGAGAAGAACUCCACUUCUGAUGAUGAACCGACUACCAGCUACUGCCAGCCCUGCCAGGUACUGCCUGCAGAGGAUGUGCCUGAAGAUGGGGAGCCCAUGCAAAUUGCACAGAGCAUCUCCACAAUGACCCCACUUGGCAGUAAAAGGAGCCCAGAUAUUGCCACAGAAAACUCUGCUGAAGAAGAGAUCUCUGUUUGCCCAGAGACACAGCCAAGCCCACUGGAAUCUCUUGAGGAGGAGAGAGGAGAGCUCUGUUCAGACAGCAGAGAUGCACCUAUGCAGGUUGGUGGGGAUGAAGGUGCUGGCAGGACUGUGUCUGAGUGCAGCCCUACAGCUGCUGGCCGUGUGUCGUGCCCGCUGUGUGACCACGGCUUCCCAGCGGACGAGAUCGAGGUGCACGCCAUGUACUGCAACGGCACCGCGGCGCCGGAGCCUGGCCAGGACGCUCCAGUGCUCACCCGGCGUCAGAGAGAGGCAAGAAAUAAAGCUGCUAGUGGUGGAAGCAGCCCACCAUCUUUAGACAUUGACAAGUAAGUAGCCCAAUCCAUGACGGGUCAGGGGCGCAUGGCUUCUGGGGGGAGCUGUAGCUAAAAUGGUGCUAACUCAGCCAGUUUCUGAUGGGAGGUUUGAGCUUGGUAACCCCGGGAAAAGAAGAGGCCAGGACAUGGAGGCUGUCAACAUGGCACCUGUAGUGAUAUUCUUAAUUAAAUUAGACUUUCAGAAUAGCAGUGUCUUUGUUUAAUCUCUCUCCAUGCAGCCCCUCCUCCUGCCACCCACACAAAGCAUCAUAAGAGAGGAUCUGACAGUAAAAUCCCUGCUAUGGAAGCAAUUUUGCUGUUACAAACAGUGGAUGGCAACAUCACUAAUGGAAUUAGGCUAAUUAUAGAGAGGACAGCUUCUGUUUAGACACAUUAUCUGGGUAAUCAGCGCUGACUGGAAAGAAAAUACGGGAAAAAGUGCUGCAGAGUUUUGCUCGAUGGGGGCUCUCCAUAUGCAUUUUAGAGCCUGGGGUGUUUCACUCAGAGAGUACCACUAUCAAAGUGAACACAAUGUUGCUGGGGCUGGUCCCUGGGGGCUUUGUCUCUUCUUGGAGAUAGUCCAUUCCUGAAUGUAGCUUCCCUCCUGAAGAGCCAGUGUCCUCUUCUGCAGGGUUCAGUCCCUGCUGAGAGCUGGUGUGGAAGUGAAUGUAGCUGUGUAGAUCUAUGCCUGACCUUCAUCUCCUUUCACCCAGAAUAAUCUUCUUCCCAAGAACACUCAGUUGUCCUGUGUGAGCCUGAGUGUCUUCCACCCAAAUGAGGGGGUUUGAGAAAUAGACUGAGCCAACCCCCCAGCAGGAGCAUGUGCUCUGCAAUUCCUCUCCCUGCAUGGCAUGAUGUAAAAUGGAGACAGUGCAGAGAAAGGCUUGAUUUACUAGUCAGACAAGUUCAUCCAGCCCUGGUAAAAUGUCUCUCUGAUUUAACACACUUGGUUUGCUUUUCAGGCAGAAUUUAACUCCCCUUUGCAAAGCCCUUGCACUUCAUUUCUGUAGAUUUUGACAGGGUGCUUUAUGUCUGGGGAGAAAUCAGUGGUGGUUGAGAUAGUUAGAUGAGCAGAUUUGAUUACUGUCCCGCUGCUGCAGCAGCAGGAUACAGAGGAGCAGGCAGGGAAAACUGAUAAUCACUCAGUCUUUGCGAUUGGUGCCGGGCUGACCCCACUGAGCGAGGCUGGAUUUGGUGACACGUCUUCUCCGCGGCAUGGCCUGGAGGAGGAGAGUCACUGCUGCCGUCUGGGA